UUCUCACCUUCCCUCACCCCUCACCCCUGCGGCCAGAACCUCAAGAAAAGAAGCCAAGAAAAUUCUCCAUCUCCUUUCUCCAUUGUUGAAGGGAGCUCAACAAGAAGGAAUCCCAAGAAAAGGAGCUAAAGUGCUAAAAGUGUGAAAGGAUUUAGGAACUUGUGAAAGGUAUUUCAAGUGAUUUCACAAAGUUGGUAAAGUCGCCGGAGUUGUCGCCGGAGUUGACCGAAAGUCGCCGGAGUUUCACCGGAGUUCCACCAAGAGGGGUAGAACUUCAUAACGCUAGUUCAAGGUUGAAGCUAGGGCUUGCUACCUGCACCUUUCUACGGGUGACAUCAAAUCAAGGAAGACGUGAAAUGGAGGGCAGGCGAAUGCGGACCAGGAACAAUCCGAGGGGGCAGGCGCCGGUAACAUCCCAAAGGGGAAGCCGGGCUGCAUCUCGGGGUUCAAGAGGAGGCCGUGGAGGCCGUGGAAGCCGUGGAGGUUAUCAAGCUCAAACUGUGAGUGAUGGCCAUGUAAGCUCGGUGUAUGAAACCAACACCGAGGACUAUGACUCUACGUAUGUUCCUGAGACAGAGCAUGAGGAGACCCCAUAUGAUGGGGGUGACACAUACACCGAUGAGGACAAUGAUGAAAGUGAUGCCCGUUUCGCCCAAAUGGGUGAAUUACUUGAGUGGUAUCAAAAGGAGAAACUGAGGAGGGACCUUAGGCGCCAAGCGAGGCGUGGCUCUCGUGGUGGUUCGGGUCAAGGGAGCCGGGGAGCUUCCGUGGCCACCCCAGCGGCGUCACAAGGUGGGCGUGAAGGAGGUUUUGUUGUGAGAAUCUCCAAGUACCUCAAGGAGGCUAGGGCCUUGGGGUGUAGGUCCUUUGACGGCACCGGUGACAUUACCGUUGCCGCCGAUUGGAUUAAGAAGGUGAAGGAUGCAUCAAGAGACAUGCAAAUCACACCGGAUGUGAAGUUGACUGUCGCUUCACGGCUACUUGAAGGGAUGGCUUCUACAUGGUGGGAAGGUGUAGAAGGGAAAUACCGUGGGGACAUCUCAUGGGAAAAUUUUGAGCAAGAAUUUUAUGCUCAAUACUACUCCGAUUUCGAGGUUAAUGUGAAAAGGAGGGAGUAUACCAACCUCAAGCAGAAAGAGGGUUGCACGGUUAAGCAACUGGAGCAGGAGUUUAGGACCUUGGCUAGGUUCUUACCGGAGUAUGCGAUCGAUGAGGACCGCAUGACUGAGCACUUCUGGGAUGCCCUACUCUUGGACAUCCGAGAUCGUGCCACGUAUUCCCGCCUCAUGACCUUUAGUGAGGUGGUAGAGCAGGGCAUGCUUGGAGAGGCCCAAUGGAACGAGAGGAAAGCAAGGGACGCCGAAGAGGCGAAGAAGAGGAAGUGGAAUAAUUCGGGGCCACCCGAUCAUUCUCGAAGGAACAACCACGGGGGUGGUGGUGGCGGUGGUUCAUUCAAGACGCCGGCUCCACCGGCAAAGAAGAAUAGGGAUGCGAGGUGGCACGGACCUAGGCCACAGAACUCGGGGCCACCUAGAUGCCCCAAUUGCUCAAAACAACACUUUGGGAAGUGCAAUGAACCACCGAGGUGUUUUAAGUGCGGGAAUGCGGGCCAUAUGAAGGCCAAUUGCCCUCAAUUGAUGCAAGAGAGUGCCUCGGGAGCCGGGGGAGGGACCAUGACGGGAAGGAACCGUGCGGGACCGUCAAACGGCGGCACGGGAAGAGGCGGCGCAUCCACAAGCCAUGCCGCAUCCGUCAACCAAGGUGGGACCCAAGCCCGAGUGUACGCGAUGACCGAGGCGGAUGCGAGAGCAAACCCGGACUCCGUUGCAGGUUGAAGCUAGGGCUUGCUACCUGCACCUUUCUACGGGUGACAUCAAAUCAAGGAAGACGUGGUUCGUGCUUCCUCAUUUUAUUUCAAAUUACCAAACAUUGCUCAUGGAUGUUUUUAUUUGUCAUAAACUAUUCUUUUGGGGCUUGCAUGCCCAUGUUAUUGGCCGGUUGUGGCUUAUGACUUACCGUUGAAUAUUUCCGCUAUUCAUUGGUUUAUAUGGGAUGUUGUUAUGUAUGUUUACUACUGAGUAUGGAUGGAUUAUUUUCUCGAACGCCUUGUGUAAUCAAG